AUGGCGGCGGGUGGGAACUCCUUCCUCAACGAGGAGUUGGCGAUGGCAGCUAAUGGGAUGUCGGGCAGGUUCUUCACAGGCUCUAGCCAUGGUGGUGUUGGUAGCAUAGGCAUGCCUCCAUCAAGCUUUGUGAUGCCCGAGGAGGGCCUGGCAGCUGUCGGCUAUGGAGACCUAACAUCUAUUCCGGUAGGUGCUAACAUGGUUCCUCAACAACAACAAAUACAUGUUGGAGGUAGCAACGGCAAUCUGGGGGUGCAAAAAGGAGUGUGGACAAGGGAAGAGGAUGAAGUUCUCAGGAAAUUGGUGCGACACCAUGGAGUUCGCAAGUGGGCAGAAAUUGCAAAGAGCCUCCCGGGUAGGAUCGGGAAGCAGUGCCGCGAGAGAUGGACAAACCAUCUGCAGCCAGACAUAAAGAAGGACAUCUGGACCGAGGACGAGGACAACAUCCUCAUCGAGGCGCACAAAUCAUAUGGCAACUGCUGGUCGGUUCUCGCUAAGUUUCUCCAUGGCCGGCCAGAGAACGCGAUCAAGAACCACUGGAACACGACCAGGCGCAGACUGAACUCGAAGCGUCAGCUGAGGAAGAAGAACGGUAAGCAUGGGGGACCCUCACCGCUUGAAGAGUACAUCCGCAGCUGCAUCCGCGAUGAGCGUGCCCAUGCAACUCGCUCCAAGACUAUGCCAACGCCGCUGCCGGCGACGGCGGAGGCAGCCGGUGCAGCAUUCGGCGUUGUCGGCUACGGCACCGGGCAGCUGGUCGGUGUGAGUGCCACCCCGCCGCUUGCAAUGCAGGCGCCCGACAGCACCGCCACGCGUGGAACGGUGACGUUCCUCGACCUGCUGAACGGGGACUCGCCCCGCCCACAGCCGGAGACGAUGAACCUGUUCCACGUGCCGGCGGCGGCGGAACCAGAGCCGCACCUCCCCACCACCGGAUACUGCCUCCAGCUCGAUGCGGGGGGCAACCUGUACUACGGCCGGAUGCCACCGGCGCCAGUGCCGCCACAUGAGAUUGAGCUGCAGGCUCAAAACCUGAGCCUGUACCACCAGCCGGCGGCUUCGUUCGCCUGGAGCCACUUGGCGGACAGUGGCGCGGCGUCCAAUCAGGCCAGCGGCUACUACGGUGAUGCUGGAGCAGGCCCGAGUGGCGCCGGCGCCGGCGCCGACAACAAUAAUGUCAGCCAGAUGGCAUCCAGCGAGUUCAUGAUGCCUUCCGAGGAUGAGGCCAUUCUUGACCUGGCCAGGUGGACCAACUGA